GCAAAAGCAUGAAUAAAAAGGAACUGAAUAAAUGAAAGAAAGGAAAGAGAAAGCAACAUAAGCAAAGUUCCUCAACCCCAUCUCUAUAAAAUACUGUGAGACCCCCCCCACAAGGCUUUAUUAUUUUCUUCAACAUCUAGUAAGAAAAGCAAUACAGAACUCUCAAACCUUUAGCCAAAGGCUUGUUUGGGUGCACAUACAAGGAAAUAUCACAAAGGUGAAAGUGGAAAAGUGGAAGGGAAAAGGAGAUUAAAAAUUUCGUUUCUUAUAGGUUAUUUUGAACUUUGAAGGUAUGAAUUGAAAUUUAAUUUCCACAUGAGACUUUUCUAGUGCAGCUACAGCUAGCAAAUGAUGGCAGGGAACCCUAACUGGUGGAGCAUGCAUCUACCAUCUUUGAGCCCUUCCCAAUAUGUGCUUGGAUCUUCUUCAAUUCCUUUUAACUCUUUGACAGAAAAUCCAGAGCCUCCUCAGUCAUGGAGCCAACUGCUUUUCACUGGAUUACCGCGGGAAGAAGAGAGAAUGGGUUUCAAUCAUUUUCAACCAAAAAAGUUGGAAAACUGGGAUGGCCAAAUACAUAAUCCAUCUUCAAGAGUUCCUAUUCAUGAUGUAAUAAAGCAAGAAGUUUCCCGAAGUGGCAAUUUGUUUGGCCAUGGGAGUGAGGAAUUUCAGGCUUCUGGGUCAUCUUGGUCACAUAUGGUGCCAGUUUCUUCCCCUAGGUCCUGUGUCACUAACUUGAGUAGUAAUAACAUAUUGGAUUUCUCUUAUAACAAAGCAGAUCAUAGGAAGAAUCAACUACCUGCAGAUCUAACAUCUGAGUGUAAUAGCACAUCCACUGUUGGAGUGUGUAAUAAGAAGGCUAGGGUUCAACCAUCUUCAAGCCAACCACCUCUGAAGGUGCGGAAGGAGAAGCUAGGUGAUAGAAUAACAGCUCUUCACCAGUUAGUUUCCCCGUUUGGAAAGACUGACACAGCUUCUGUCUUGUUAGAAGCCAUUGGAUAUAUCAAAUUCCUGCAGGGUCAAAUUGAGGCACUCAGCUCUCCUUACUUGGACAAUGCAUCAAAAAACAUGAGGAAUCAACAGUAUGUACAUGGAGAAAGAAAUUCUGUAUUUCCUGAGGAACCCGGUCAGCUGUUGAAUGACAAUGGCCUGAAAAGAAAGGGAGCUCCAAACCAGGUUGCAGAAGAAAAACCAAAGGAUUUGAGGAGUAGAGGGUUGUGCUUAGUCCCUGUGUCUUGCACUCACCAUGUUGGAAGCGAAAAUGGGGCUGAUUACUGGGCACCUGCAUACGGCAGUGGAUUUUAAGAUGCAUCAAUCCUUUUUCAUGUGAAGGAAAUUUGCGUGGAUCAUCAUAUAACAUCAUGAGCAGUCAACCUAUAGUAAUGAAAAGGUUGAUUGCUCCCGAUGCUAUAUAUAUGACAUUCGUGAUUGAAUGGGAUUAUAUAUAUCCUUUGUUCAUGUACCUCUCUCUAAUCUAAUUAGGAUAUAUAUCUUAAUUAUUGAGUUAUUAUUUAGAUUCACAAAACAUUAAUUAAUC